AUGUCCUACCCUCAGGGCUACCUCUACCAGCCCCCGGGCUCGCUGGCGCUCUACUCCUGCCCGGCUUACGGGGCGUCGGCGCUGGCGGCGCCCAGGAGCGAAGAGCUGGCCAGAUCGUCUUCCGGCUCGGCGUUCAGCCCUUAUCCCGGAUCCGCGGCGUUCACGGCCCAAGCGGCAGCCACCGGCUUCAGCAGCCCGCUUCAGUACUCCACCGACCCGGCCACGGGAUUCCCCUCCUACAUGGGUUCUCCUUACGACGCCCACACGACGGGCAUGAGCGGGGCCAUCAGCUACCAUCCCUACGGCAGUCCAGCCUACCCCUAUCAGCUAAAUGACCCGGCCUACCGGAAGAACGCCACGCGAGACGCCACGGCCACGCUGAAGGCCUGGCUGCAGGAGCACCGCAAGAACCCGUACCCGACCAAAGGCGAGAAGAUCAUGCUGGCCAUCAUCACCAAGAUGACCCUCACGCAGGUCUCCACCUGGUUCGCCAACGCCCGCCGGAGGCUCAAGAAGGAGAACAAGAUGACUUGGGCGCCGCGCAACAAGAGCGAGGACGAGGACGAGGACUUGGAAGGGGAGAGCGGCGGGAUGAGGAGCAAGGAGGAGACCGGCUCGGACAAAGGGCGGGACGGCAACGAAACGUCGGCGGAGGACGAAGGGAUCAGCUUGCAGGUGGAUUCCCUCACCGACCAUUCCUGCUCGGCCGAAUCGGACGGGGAGAAGGGCCCGUGCAGGGCGGGCGACCCGCUCUGCGAGUCGGGCUCGGAGUGUAAGGACAAGUACGAGGAGAUCGAGGAAGACGACGAGGACGAGGACGAGGACGAGGACGACGAAGACGACGAGGCGGGCAGAGGCCUCCUCCCCAAGCCCGUCACCUCCUCUCCUCUCACCGGGGUAGAGGCCCCGCUCCUGGGCCACCCGCACGGCCAGGAUUCUGCCAGAAACGCCGCCAAAGCUGCUCUGGACGCCCGGAUCCCACCCUCGGGGGCCUCCCAGACUACGCAAGCCAGCAAGCCCAAGCUCUGGUCGCUGGCGGAAAUCGCCACCUCGGACCUUAAGCAUCCGCACCCGCAUCCCCACAGCCACAGCCACAGCCUGGGCCAGAGCUGCCCGCCCUCGGCCCCGCCGCCUUCCACCCCGCACAGCGCUGCCUACUCGCCUUCUUCGCUCUUGGGGAGGCAUAUUUAUUACACGUCGCCUUUUUAUAGCAACUACACAAACUACGGGAACUUCAACGCCCUCCAAGGGCAGGGCAUCUUGAGGUACAACUCGGCCGCCGUGGCCUCCAACGAGGGACUCAACCAAGCGGUCUUAACUGGCGGCGGCGGGGCUCUGAAGGCGGGCUCGGAAAACUCGCUGAAAACCAUGGCGGGCCACCUCGAACAGCAUUACAAGCCUCCCAGUUCGGAUCCCAAGAAAGACCCCACUGAAAUGUGCACAGUAGGAGUACAACCAUUCCUAUAGAAGGGCAAUCACACAGCAGCCAGGCAAGUAGGUGUCACAAUUGCUUUGAGAAAAGUCAACAAGCCAUCAUCUCUCCCCAAGCUAAUCUAUCUAUCUCUAUCUGUAACUCUUAACAAAACUCUAAAUCCGGAUCACAUCUUGUGCCACUGUAUAAAAGAAGACCACAGAGCACUCUUAGAUCUACAGACUCUAAUUAUUGAACCAGAAUUUUGUUGGACAUUAAUGUGCAUUUACUGGUAUAGUCUAGUUUCCCUAAUGUAUGUGUGAUUAAAAAAGGAAAACAAAAACAACAAAAAAAGGAAAUCUGUUUUUUCUCAGGAUAUCUUGACUUGAUCACUUCAUUACCACGGUAUAUACAUAUAUACAUAUAUAUCUAUAUUCUGUAGGUGUGAUAGGACUUAUUGUACAAACUCUUUGUAAAAGAUACACACAGUAGGGAUUAAUUAAAGAAACUGCAAGUACUUACAAAAUGAAACAUAUUUGAUAUUUAUUUUUGUAAUGAUAUAAAAUCUUCUAGUAAUUUAUGCAAGUUGUAUUGCAAUGGAAUCCCAAGUCUUUUGUAAAUAAAUUAUGCCUGGUUUUUAUUUGAAACAUGGAUGGUUAUACAAUCCCUUGUUGUUUAACAAGAAUUCUUUACUAAUUUAUAUCUAUAAUUGUAAAUAAAACAGAUUAGUCUACAA